CUUUGACCUUCAUUCCGGUGCAUUUUGACCAAGCUUCACUUCUAGUUGGCUGAAAUAUACCUGAAAUUCAAGUUAUAUGUAGAAGCUUCACAUGUCCCAGAUUAGCUUAUCAUGAGUUGCAAUGGAGAUGUCAGGAGGAGAACCUCAGGAUGUCGUUCUAUGCCCAGUUCAGCAUUUUUGUGGCAUGGAUUCUUUUCUAGGUGAUAUAUGCUGAUUAUAGUUGCAGUAAAAGCUUUGCCAUGGUAGCAUGUUAUCAUGUUAAUAAAUGUGUUUUAAGGAGAGCUGUUAGGUUUCAACUCAGUAGGUAUUCUACAAGGAGUUACAGUAUUUACUUCAUCAGAAUCAUCGUGGGCUAUAUGUAUAUGUGUUCCCAAUUAUUUCUUUCUUCUAGAGGCAAGGGAUCUGGUUCUGGUUUCGCAAUGACUACAUUUGAAGAUGGUUAACUAUAGAAAUCACAUCAUGCUAGUGGAUAAUUUUGUAAAGAGAUGCCAUAAAGAAUUCCUGCUAUGGAAUUACUUGAAUGGCGGCAUAAUUGCUUGAGAUUAUCCGAUUUAACUACCUUGAUUGUUGUCAGAGGCUCCUUCAAUUACCUAGAAGUAUGUAGUCAAGCUUUGCACAGCACUAUUUAUUAUUGGCUCACUUAGAAGAAGUUUUCACACAUGGAACCUGUGAUUGUCAGUAUCAAUCAGAAGCUGGGGUUCCUUCUUCAGAGACUCCCAGCUGUUGGUCCUGUGCUUUUGCUGUCAAUGGGAUAUAUUGACCCAGGAAAGUGGGCUGCAGCUGUUGAGGGAGGUGCCCAUUUUGGUUUUGACCUUUUAGCACUGAUGCUUGUAUUCAAUUUUGCUGCUAUUGUUUGCCAGUACCUGGCAGCUCGGAUUGGUGUAGUCACUGGAAAAAAUCUUGCUCAGAUUUAUAGCGAGGAAUUCGAUAAGUCCACGUGCAUAUUGUUAGGAGUUCAAGCAGAGCUUUCAGUAAUUGCUUCAGACCUGACCAUGGUUCUGGGCAUUGCACAUGGACUUCAUCUUCUCUUUGGAAUGGAUCUCCUCACUUGUGUCAUUUUUGCAGCAAUUGAUGCUAUUCUGUUUCCACUUUUUACCACCCUUUGGAAAUGCUCGGAAGUCAUGUCUAUAGCCAUAACAGCUUUUGUGUUGCUGUCUUACAUUCUUGGAGUGGUUAUAAGUCAACCUGACAUUUCAGUUGCCAUGAGUGGGGUGCUGACAAGAUUAAGCGGCGAGAGUGUCUUCUCAGUUAUGAGCCUUCUUGGGGCAACUAUUGUGCCUCAUAAUUUUUAUGUCCACUCUUCCAUUGUACAGCAGCUGCAAGUACAACCACAUGCAGCAAAGGAUGCCAUAUGUCAUGACCAUUUUGUUGCCAUCUUAUGCAUGUUCAGUGGCAUUUUUAUGGUGAAUUGUGUAUUGAUGAAUGCAGCAGCAACUGUUUUCCACAAUGCAGGCCUUGUUAUCCUUACUUUUCAGGAUACACUUUUGCUAAUGGAACAGGUAUUUAGGAGUCCUGCAGCACCUUUAGUCUUUUUUUUAGUUGUGUUCUUUUCUAGCCAGAUCACAGCUUUAACCUGGAAUUUUGGCGGGCAAGUAGUUUUGCAUUAUUUUUUCGGGGUAGACCUACCUGAUUGGCUACAUCGUGCAGUCAUCAGAAUUUUUGCCGUUGUUCCGGCCCUUUGCUGUGCCUCGAAUUAUGGAGAGGAAGGGAUAUAUCAAAUGCUUAUCUUCACACAAGUUUUUUUAGCUAUGCUGCUUCCAUCUUCUAUCAUCCCCUUACUUCGGGUAGCCUCAUCAAGAUCAAUUAUGGCCGUCUUCAGAGUUUCUCAAUUUAUUAAAUUUUUAACUUUGAUUAUCUUGACUGGGAUACUUGGCUUAAAAGUUAUCUUUGUAGUGGAGAUGCUAUUUGGCAAUAGUGACUGGGUGGGUAAUUUGAGGUCAAAUAUGGGAAGUACUGCGGUGCUCUUGUAUAUUCUUCUCACUGCUAGUGUGUCACUUUGUAUGAUGCUUUGGCUCGCAGCCACACCAUUGAAGUCUGCUACUGUCAGACAGGAUUCACAGCUAUGGAACUCAGAUAUACAAAGAACUCCACCUCUGUCAUCGGUGGAGAGGAAGGAAAAUGAUUUAGUUGAAGCUAGAUAUCAGGAGGCUGCUGAAGAUGACCCAGCUCUGGAGAAGUUUUUGGGUUAUCCUUCAGAGGUUUCAGUUAUGGGAUUUGAUAUUGAUUUGCCUAAAGUGAUUAAGGAUUCUGAUCAAGAACCUCACCUCAUUUCUGUUGAAAGUUGUAAUACUAAUACUACUAGUAUUACUACUACUACCACCACUAUCACUACCGGUAGUACUGCAGUUCUUGGUUCGUUAACCUCUCAUCCAGAAGAAUCAGCAUCCACAAUUGAGUUGGCCUCACAUGCAGUUGUAGGAACUGAGGCUUGUGAUGAUAGGCUGCAUGAUUCUGGUACUUCACGGAAGAGUGAAUAUGUGGACCCAGCUGAGAAGACUGCUGGAGUGGGGGGUGAUAUGCAGACUGAGAAGGAUGAUGAUGAGGUGGAUACUUGGGACCUGGAAGAAUCAUCUAAAAUGGUUUCUGGGAGUGCACCCACUUCAAAUUCUGAGGGUCCACGAUCUUUUAGGAGUCUCAGUGGGAAAAGUGAUGAAGGCGGAAAUGGGGGUGCAAGCCUUUCAAGAUUAUCUGGGUUGGGCCGUGCUGCUAGGCGUCAAUUAGCUGUCAUUCUAGAUGAGUUCUGGGGCCAGUUGUAUGAUUUCCAUGGGCAAGCGACUCAAGAAGCAAAGGCUAAGAAACUGGAUAUGUUGCUGGGAGCAGAUUCGAGGCCCACUGCUUCUUCUCCAAAGAUACACCCUUUAGGAAAUGAAUCAUCUGGAUACAUUUCUGAUAGAGGAUCUGGGUUUCUGGUAAAUUCUUGUAUGUAUGACUCUCCCAAGCAACAGAGAGUGGCAAACAAUGCAGCAUCAUCCUAUGGAGUUCAAAUGGGAUCAUCCUUGUUGUGGUCUACCCACAUGAAAUUGUUGGAUGCAUAUGUGCAAAGUUCCAGCAAUAAUGUUCAUGACUAUGGUGAGCGGCGUUAUUCUAGUUUGCACAUGCCCCCAUCUUCUGAGGGCGGGGAUUAUCAACCUGACACAGUGCAUGGAUAUCAGAUUGCAUCUUAUCUCAGUAAAAUGGCUUCACACAGAGAUUCUGGUUCCCUAACCGCUGUAAUGGAUCCACCAACUCCGAAAUCCACAUCUUUUGUCCCCACAAACUACAGAAAUUCGAUUGCAUAUGCUCUGGGGCAAAAACCUCAAAAUGGGAUUAGCUCUAUAAAUGCGUUUGCUAUGCGGAAUCCAGAAGUAUCUAGGAACAUUUCAUUGCAAUCUGAAAGACCCUAUUAUGCUCCCUGUUCUUCUGGUGCUAUGGAGAACACACAGACUUCAGCUUACAAUAAGAAGUACUAUAGUUUACCUGAUAUUUCAGGUCUUGCAGUCCCUAGCAGGGAUUCAACAUCAUCUGAAAGGAGUGCUCAAUGGGGCAGUCCCAUUGGAUUUGGACAGUUAGCAGGAAGAAUGACCUAUGACCAAUCACUGCAUUCAAAUACAGGACCCAGGGUAGAAGGAGUUCCUUUGGCAUUUGAUGAAAUCUGUGCAUCCAACCUCUACAGAGAUCCUUUCUCUGUACAGUUUAGUUCACAUUCAGACACAAAAUCACUUUGGUCUAGACAGCCUUUUGAGCAGUUAUUCGGAGUGGCAGGGAAAACUCAAUGUGUAGGAGAUGAGGGAAUUGAAAGUAAGUCAAACUCAGUUCCGUCAGAAGCAAGCUCUCACAUAGAUUUGGAGGCAAAGCUGCUGCGGUCUUUCAGAUGCUGCAUCGUAAAGCUCUUGAAAUUGGAGGGAUCUGAUUGGUUGUUCGAUUUGUUUAGACAAAAUGAUGGGGCUGAUGAGGAUCUGAUUCUUCUUGUUGCUGCCAGAGAGAGAUUCCAUAAUGAAGCUGAGACCAGAGAGGUGAGCCGGGUGGUUCAAAUGGGUGAAUCUCGCUACCCUUCUUCGGAUCGUAAGUUUUGUUCAGCACUGAAGAAUGAGGAGGCAGAUCUUGCCAGGCUUCAGGUUUCAUCAGUUCCUCACUGUGGAGAGGGCUGUGUUUGGAGAGUGAAUCUGAUUGUGAGCUUUGGUGUGUGGUGCAUUCAUCGAAUCCUGGAUCUUUCACUUUUGGAAAGCCGUCCAGAGCUGUGGGGAAAGUACACUUAUGUUCUUAAUCGUCUUCAGGGAAUCCUUGAGUUGGCAUUUUCCAAGCCCCGGUCUCCAUUGCCUCCCUGCUUCUGUCUCCAGGUUCCGGCACUACAGUCGAAGAAGUCUAGUCCCCCACUGUCAAAUGGGUUCUUACCCCCUUCUGGAAAACCAAUCAAGGGGAAAUGCACGAAUGCAGCCAUACUUCUUGAUAUAGUCAAGGAUGUUGAGAUUGCAGUCUCCUGCCGCAAGGGCCGGACUGGAACUGCAGCAGGUGAUGUGGCUUUUCCGAAAGGAAAAGAGAAUUUGGCUUCUGUUCUGAAACGGUACAAGCGUCGGCUUUCUAACAAACCAGUUGGGACAUAUGAGGGGGGUCCUGGUUUGCGCAAGGUUCACAUUCCCAUCUCUUACGCCUUCUAGGAUUAUGUGUGCUUUGGGGGGAACUUUUUCAGGGAUCUUAGGGCUUUUGGCUGUUGGAAUCAGUUCAUUACUCUUCUGGUAGGUCCUAACUCAUUAAGUCAUUUGUUCUCUCCCCACCCCACUUUCAUCUCUGGGUAUAUAUACAUAUAUACAAGGGCCUUUUGCUUCAAAAUUUCAUUUCCAUUGUAUAAUAUAUGUAUGCAUUCUGUAAAAUAACUGAAGCUCUCAUCACGGAAGAAAAGAAUAAGUAGAUGAAAAGGUGGGAAGCUGGUUGAUGUUAAUCUGUUAUGGUAAUAGCAUGCUGAACUAAAAUCAAGAGU